UGCCAACCGCAUCGAAGAAGAAGAGGCCUUGAAUGGCAUCACACUCCACUACUGUAGGUGGUGGUGUAUGCACUACACGGUUGCGAUCCGCCAAUACAAAUGUAAAGAAGAAGAAGAGCUCAAGAGAACGUUGUGAAGUUACUUUGCGGACAAAGCUUAACAAAUAGCUACAGUAGCUACUUUUUAUUUAUACACACUAGCUAUUUCAGGAGGAGUACCACCAUGGCCUCGGGAGGAGAAUCCAGAAAUGAUGAUCUUUCCACUGCGAUUCUGAAGCAGAAGACCAGACCUAACAGAUUGAUUGUAGAUGAAUCCAUCAAUGAAGACAACAGUGUGGUCUCUCUCUCUCAGGCAAAGAUGGAUGAGCUGCAGCUGUUUCGUGGAGACACAGUGCUGAUGAAGGGGAAGAAGCGCAGGGAGUCAGUAUGUAUUGUUUUGUCUGACGACACCUGCUCUGAUGAGAAGAUCCGCAUGAACCGUGUGGUCCGCAACAACCUCCGCGUCCGUCUGGGGGAUGUCAUCAGUAUCCAGCCGUGUCCUGAUGUGAAGUAUGGGAAGAGGAUCCACGUUCUGCCUAUUGAUGAUACAGUGGAGGGAAUCACUGGCAAUCUAUUUGAGGUCUACCUCAAACCCUACUUCCUAGAGGCCUACAGGCCCAUCCGCAAGGGUGAUAUCUUCCUGGUUCGGGGGGGUAUGCGUGCGGUGGAGUUCAAGGUGGUGGAGACUGACCCCAACCCCUACUGCAUCGUUGCCCCCGAUACCGUCAUCCACUGUGAGGGAGAGCCUAUCAGGAGAGAGGAUGAGGAGGAGUCCCUGAAUGAGGUGGGCUAUGACGAUAUCGGAGGAGUGAGGAAGCAGCUGGCUCAGAUCAAGGAGAUGGUGGAGCUGCCACUCAGACACCCUGCGCUAUUCAAGGCUAUAGGAGUCAAGCCCCCCCGUGGUAUCUUGCUGUAUGGACCCCCCGGUACAGGAAAGACCCUGAUUGCCAGAGCUGUCGCUAAUGAGACCGGAGCCUUCUUCUUCCUCAUCAACGGUCCUGAGAUCAUGAGUAAGCUGGCUGGAGAGAGUGAGAGCAACUUGAGGAAGGCCUUUGAGGAGGCUGAGAAGAACUCUCCUGCCAUCAUCUUCAUUGAUGAGCUGGAUGCUAUCGCUCCAAAGAGAGAGAAGACCCAUGGAGAAGUGGAGAGGCGUAUCGUGUCUCAGCUGCUGACCCUGAUGGACGGGCUGAAGCAGAGGGCUCAUGUCAUUGUCAUGGCAGCCACCAACAGACCCAACAGCAUAGACGCUGCACUUAGGAGAUUUGGGCGUUUUGACAGGGAGGUGGACAUUGGAAUCCCUGAUGCUACAGGCAGACUGGAAAUCCUGCAGAUUCACACCAAGAACAUGAAACUAAAUGACGAUGUUGACCUUGAACAGGUGGCUAAUGAGACCCACGGCCAUGUGGGUGCUGACCUGGCUGCCCUGUGCUCUGAGGCUGCUCUCCAGGCCAUCAGGAAGAAGAUGGACCUAAUCGACUUGGAGGACGAGACCAUCGAUGCGGAGGUCAUGAACUCCCUGGCCGUUACCAUGGAUGACUUCAGGUGGGCUCUGAGCCAGAGUAACCCAUCAGCUCUGAGGGAGACGGUGGUAGAGGUUCCUAACAUCACCUGGGGGGACAUUGGAGGACUGGAAGACGUCAAGAGGGAGUUGCAGGAACUGGUGCAGUACCCAGUGGAGCACCCUGAUAAGUUCCUGAAGUUCGGUAUGACCCCGUCUAAGGGAGUGUUGUUCUACGGGCCCCCGGGUUGCGGUAAGACCUUGCUGGCCAAGGCCAUCGCCAACGAGUGCCAGGCCAACUUCAUCUCCAUCAAAGGACCUGAGCUUCUCACCAUGUGGUUCGGAGAGUCUGAGGCUAACGUCAGGGAGAUCUUUGACAAGGCUCGCCAGGCAGCCCCGUGUGUGUUGUUCUUUGACGAGCUGGACUCCAUAGCGAAGGCCCGUGGGGGUAACGUGGGAGAUGGUGGUGGAGCGGCCGACCGUGUUAUCAACCAGAUCCUGACUGAGAUGGACGGCAUGUCCAGCAAAAAGAACGUCUUCAUCAUCGGCGCCACCAAUCGCCCUGACAUCAUUGACCCCGCCAUCCUUCGACCCGGCCGUCUGGACCAGCUUAUUUACAUCCCUCUGCCUGACGAGAAGAGCAGGAUCAACAUUCUCAAGGCUAACCUCCGCAAGAGCCCCAUUAGCAAGGAUGUUGAUCUGGACUUCCUGGCUAAGAUGACCAAUGGGUUCUCGGGUGCUGACCUUACUGAAAUCUGCCAGCGGGCCUGUAAGCUGGCCAUCAGAGAGUGCAUCGAGAACGAGAUUCGCCGAGAAAGGGAGAGGCAGACCAACCCUUCUGCUAUGGAGGUAGAGGAGGAUGACCCUGUGCCAGAGAUCAGGAAGGACCACUUUGAGGAGGCCAUGCGAUUCGCUCGCCGCUCCGUCAGCGACAAUGACAUCCGCAAAUACGAGAUGUUUGCCCAGACACUGCAGCAGAGCCGAGGCUUUGGCAGCUUCAGGUUCCCAUCCAGUGCUGCAGGGGGCAGUGGUCCAAGCCAGGGUACCGGGGGAACUGGCGGGGGGCCAGUGUUUAACGAGGAUAACGAUGACGACCUGUAUGGAUAGAUGGAUGGACAGACUGACGGAUGGUGCCACAUGGUGGCCAGCUCUUAUGUGAUCACACCUGUACAAACAUUCAAACCUGAUUGACCAUUUUUAGGACUCUUCUUUCUUUCAUGUGCUUUUUUGUUGUUGUUGUAUGAUUCCUCUCUGGUGGCGAAAGCGUGUAGCUGCCUGGUUUGAUCCAUCCUCAAACUGGAAGCUUCCGGUUUCUACAGACACCGCUCAGGCGUUUAUUUUACGGCCUGCUACGGGAAAGCGGGGCAGUGGAUAGAGGUGAAAAGUUAAAGGUGAUUGGUUGACUGUGGGGGGGUUGAGUGGCCUCUGAGUUUAUCACAACCCUGUGUUACCAGCUAUAAGAAAGAAAGAAAACUUUUUUAUGAAUAGUAGCAUAUAAUGUAUGAUGACAAGUUUGAAAAUAAAAUCUCACAAAAUGA